GUCGGACGUUAACAGGGAUUUCAAUACUUCAUUCAAAAAAAAAAAAUUUACCAAGAAUUAUGAAUAUUUCACGCUCUCAGCAAAUUAAUUAUGCAAAACAACGUCCGACUAACAAGCCAAAGGUGCCAGUGGCAGCAGCACGUGUGUUUACGCUACAAAUUUCCAUAAUCGUGACGCUUUUAUUGCUAAUCACCCAAAGCAAAGAGGCCCAGACGCGUCGUCUACAACCAUGCGAAUUUGCAGGUCAAUUGUAUAUCUUGGACGUACCCAAAGAAGAGCUGCCUCUUUGGCUAUGCAUUGUCCAGUACGAGAGUCGUUUCAACACCCAUGUCAUUGGGUCACGCAACACGGAUGGCUCUCUCGACUAUGGGAUAUUUCAGAUAAGCGAUAAAUACUGGUGUAAACCGCCCAAGGAGCCGCAGUUUCAUUACCACAAUGAAUGCAAUGUCGAUUGCAUGGAUCUGAUGCAGGAUGAUAUAACAGCAGCGGUGAAGUGUGCCAAAAUGAUCCGGAAACAGCAGGGUUGGUCCGCCUGGUCGGUGUAUGGAGAAUUUUGCAAUAGCACCAAUACCGUGUAUCAGGAUAUUGAAAUUGAGGAAUGUUUUGGCUAAGGAACUGGGAGAUUUUGGAAAUGU